CCCCAAACUCCCUGCCAGCCCAUCCAAUUCAUCCAAUCCACCCUCUAUCCCCGUUAACUCUCUCACGGCGUGACCCAUUGACCCGUCCUCGUCCGCCCACCAUCCCAACACCCGGGGCCCUCGACCACCCAAACCCGAACCCGAACCGAACAAAACCAAACCAAACCAACCCACCCAUCCACUUCAUAAACAUUCACCAUGGCCGGAGGUGCAGCCAAAUUCCGCCACUUGAGCCGCAAGUCGUCUCACCGUCAAGCACUCCUCCGGAACUUGGUGACGUCCCUCUUCAAGCACGAAUCCAUCACAACCACCUGGGCCAAGGCGAAGGAGGCGCAACGACUCGCCGAGCAGUUGAUCACCUUGGGCAAGAAGAAUACUGAAGCCAGUCGGAGACGCGCAUUGUCGACGUUUUAUACCCCCCACGAAAUCCUCCCAAAACUCUUCGGUCCUCUGCGGGAACGCUACGCUGAACGCCCAGGUGGAUAUACGCGCGUGCUCCGCGUCGAGCCCAAGAAGGAUGAUCAGGCCGCCAGUGCGAUCCUCGAACUGGUGGACGGACCCAAAGAUAUGCGGUUUGCGUUGACGGCACGCACCGUGGCCAGACAACGGGCGCAGGGCCUGGAGACGCUCAAUGAACUCACCACUAUGAAUGUGAACAAGGUGACGCGCUUCAGGAAAGGCGGCGUGGCGGAUCUGGAGCGUGAGAUCAAGCGCUUGGAGAUUACGGAACAUGGUCGGGAGGAGGACAAGGCGAAGUCCGCCAAGCCUGCGAAGCAAUAAAGGCGCGAUGGGUUGGGGGCAUUUCUUGUAUCUGUAUUAUCUUACCGCCGUGUUUCAUGUUUCAUCCAGUUGGCCAUCAUGAGUGUAAUUCUAGCUGUUCCCUCAUCUCUGUCCGCACGUACCGUCGAGAUCAUCUAAGAGGUGGAGUCAUAC